CUGAAUACAUGCCAUUGCUGUAGUGUGUUUUUAGAAAUCAUUCUGUCUUUCCAGAAUGGAUGUUUUAGCUGUUCCCCAAAAGAGAGAAGAAGGCUGGUACUUGGCACUUAUGGCACCAAACACAAAGGGACCAAAGUUUGCAUGGCUCGACCCAUCAAGACUCUAUUGCAACUCACAGGCACUGUCAGAUUGUGUGAAGGACCUUCUCAAACCAUUCCAGAAUGAGACCAUUGACCUGGUGGCUGGAAUAGAUGCCAUGGGCUUCAUCCUUGGGUCAGCAGUGGCCAUGACUUUAGGAAAAGGGUUUUUGGCCAUUCGAAAAGCAGGGCACUUAUGUGUUCAAACUCACACUCAGGAGUACAGUGACUACUCUGGACGGGAGAAACUCAUGGAAGUGCGUGUUGAUGUCUUAAAACCAGGUCUACGCGUACUUGUAGUAGACCAGUGGAUCGAAACUGGAGGAACAAUGAGAGCAGCUAUCAAACUGGUGGAGAAUCAGGGAGCUACUGUUGCAGGUAUUGCUGCUGUAGCCAUUGAGAACAGUGAGGGAGGGAAAUGGCUAAAGGAAAACUACAAGUAUUCCCACUGCAUUCCAAAUGAGCUGCAAACUCAGAUAGACAAUCAGUACCUGGAAUCUUUUAAGAACUUCAGUUGUUAAACUUGUUGAAAUAAUGAAGGGGUUAUUAAGGAAAGUGAAAUCCGUUUGCAAUAACAAUGUCUAAGAGGCUGUGACAUGCAUUUUUGAUAGAGUAUGACAUUGUGCGGAGAGGUAUGGAUCUUUGUUUUUUUAGGGUUAAAAUGAUUUGCCCCAUUACCCUUAACAUUGUGUCUUUAAAACUACCAAGGACUAAAUUUGGAAAAUUAGGCCAAAUCCUCACCAAAAACAGUGCAUAAAUUCAGUCAUCUUGGUCAAAUGUAGUCUUUGACUGUUGUGGUUGUUUAGCCACAAUUACCAGUAGAGGCCACUAUCACAUUGUAAAGUCAGAUUUCCAACUGUAUUACUAACAUGAAAAUGCUAAAUCAUAAUGAAUGCAAUAUACAUAAAAAAAAAAAAAAAAA